AUGGUUCAGCUUCUGUCUUGGCACAAUCAAUUCGGUGUCCUUAUAGAAUGGAUCGACCAACCGGUCUGCCGUCUCGAUGGCGGGACGCUUCGGUUGGAGGUUUCACUAUGCGAAUUCGGUUUGAUUAACAAGGUUGUGCUUGACCCCACUAACUGUCGAAAUGGGAUUGUCACUCAAACAGACUGGGAUCGGUCUGGAAUAACAGAAAGUCUGACACUUGCAGGACCAAAUGAUAUUCCCGGUGGUAACGCGAAUUUUGACAGCAUUAUUUGCAAUACUCUGGAGUCGACUUACACAUCGAGUGUUGAACACUGGUGUCAUGCUGUCGAUGAUGAUGAUGAUGAUGAGGAUGAUGAUGAUGAUGAUGAUGAUGAUGACGAUGAUGAUGAUGAUGAUGAUGAUGAUGAUGAUGAUGAUGAUGAUGAUGAGGAUGAGGAUGAUGAUGAUGAUGAUGAUGAUGAUAACACUGUUUGCAGACACCCAUCGCAAAUCAGCUGA